AUGUUGUGGUUUUACCUAUACACUAUCAAACCCACAACGAAAUUUAUAAAUGGGCUUCCAUAUCUUCCAAGUCCAAGCCUUCUUUUUGGAAAUCUUGGACAGCUAGGGAACGACCACCCCACAAACCUCCAAGAACUCUCUCUCAAAUACCGAAUGCCUGUCUUUCAAUGUCUAUUCGGAAAUCAGAGAAUUAUUUUCGUCAACUCAUAUUCAGCAGCGAUGGACUGGUUUGUGAAGAAUCAAACCUGUCUCAUUGAUAGGCCUCUGCUCUAUACUUUUCACAAGCUGGUGUCUACAUCACAGGGCCUGACAAUAGGCACUUCACCUUGGAACGACACAUGUAAAAAAAGGCGACUCAACGUUCAAAGAUAUAUGACUACACCCGCGAUUCAAGAAAGAGCAAGCUUGUACGAUGUGGAAUCGUACUCGUUAUUGCGUGACCUGUAUCAAGAUACGUCCAAUGGCGAGUCAGCUUAUCCUUACAUUUAUACGCAAAGGCUUGCUCUCAACCUCACCACUAUGCUUUGCUAUGCCACGAGAUUUGACAAUAUCAGGACCAAACUUCUAAAGGAAAUUCUUGAAAUUGUGAAAACUAUAUCCUCGUUUCGGUCUACAAACAAGAAUUUGCAAGAUUAUGUUCCAAUUAUGAGACUUUUGCCCGAAAACCCCAGAAGCAGACUCGCUGUUGAGUGCAGUAGGAUUAGAGACGAGUGGCUCCGAAAGCUCACGCAGCAAGCACUCAAUCACAGAGACGACCGUGUGAGUAUUGUAGGAGAUUUUGCAAAAUCUGAUGGCAAUGGAAGACUGGAUUUGGAUGAUAUUAAAUGCAUAUGCGUUGGAUUGGUCUCUGGUGGCUUUGAAACUCUUGGUUCGACCGGAGCUCUGAUAUUUGCCCAGCUUGCCACAGAAAAGGGAGAGGAGUGGCAAGAAAGAGUCUAUUCUGAUUGCAUUAAGCACUACGGCUCCGUAGAGGAGGCAUGGAAACAGGUGGUGCUUGAGCAAAAAAGUGAAUUUGCAGUGUCCUUCAUCCGUGAGCUCCUCAGAAUGUACGCGGUUAUUCCUUUGAUUCCCGCUAGAAAAACUGCAAAAGCUUUUCAGUGGAAUGGGGCUACAAUUCCUGAAGGUACAACAGUGAUUUUAAAUGCGCAAGCCGCAAACCACGACAGAGAACAUUUUGGAGACACGGUGGAUGAGUUUGUUCCAGAAAGAUUUCUAUACGAAUCGAGCGUGAACCAUUCUCCAUACCAUUUCACAUUUGGUGCUGGAUCAAGGGCAUGCACAGCAGUCAAUCUUUCAAUCAGAAUACUAUAUGUCAUUUUGGCACGAAGCUGCAUGCUUUUUAAAAUUAAGAGAGAUGCCUCGCGUCCACCAGUCAAUGACUAUAUCGGAUAUGCUGCAGACCGUUCAGCGCAAACAUAUUGGCCAAAAGAAUUUGGUAUAAGCUUGACGCCUAGAGAUCCAGGUACAAUGGAGAGGUGUUUUCGGAUAUCCCAAGAGGCCUGUGCUGAACAAUUAUCCUACUCAUAUGAAAACGACGAUGUUGCUGACACUUAA